GCCCCCGCCCCGGCGCCUUCCCAGGCUGCUCUCCGGGUAAACAGCGAUGGCCGCCGAGGAGCGGGGCGGAGAGCCCGGGGAUAACAUGGGGAACCACCUCCAGCUGGUGCCCGUAGAGAGCGAGGAAGAGGAUGACAAUGAAAUGGAAGUGGAAGACCAAGAUAGUAAAGAAGCUGAGAAGCCAAACAUCAUUAAUUUUGACACCAGUUUGCCCACAUCACAUAUGUACCUGGGCGCGGACAUGGAGGAGUUCCACGGGCGCACGGUGCACGAUGACGACAGCUGCCAGGUGAUCCCGGUGCUGCCGCGGGUGAUGGUGAUGCUGAUCCCCGGGCAGACGCUGCCGCUGCAGCUCUUCCGCCCCCAAGAGGUUAGCAUGGUGCGGAAUUUAAUUCAGAAAGACAGAACCUUUGCUGUCCUUGCAUACAGUAAUUCACAUGAGAGGGAAGCACACUUUGGAACAACAGCAGAAAUCUAUGCCUACAGAGAAGAGCAGGAAUAUGGAGUGGAAACAGUCAAGGUGAAAGCAAUAGGAAGACAGAGGUUCAAGGUGCUUGAAAUACGAACACAGUCAGAUGGAAUCCAGCAGGCCAAGGUGCAGAUCCUGCCUGAGCGGGUGCUGCCUCCCACCAUGGCAGCAGUGCAGCUGCAGUCCCUCAGCAGGUGCCACGUGAUUCCCGCUUCCAAGCCCAGCUCCUGGCAGGACAGAGCCAUCCAGAAGUGGUGGCAGAAGUACCAAAAGAGGAAGUUCCACUGUGCAAGUUUGACAUCGUGGCCCCCCUGGCUCUACUCUCUCUAUGAUGCUGAAACCUUGAUGGAGAGGGUGAAGAGGCAGCUCCACGAGUGGGAUGAGAACCUCAAAGAUGAAUCUCUUCCUUCAAACCCAAUAGAUUUUUCUUACAGAGUUGCUGCCUGCCUGCCCAUUGAUGAUGCUUUACGUAUCCAGUUGCUCAAAAUAGGCAGUGCUGUGCAGAGGCUCCGCUGCGAGUUAGAUAUCAUGAACAAAUGUACAUCUCUGUGUUGUAAGCAAUGCCAAGACACAGAAAUAACUACCAAGAAUGAAAUAUUCAGCUUGUCCCUGUGUGGGCCCAUGGCAGCCUACGUGAAUCCUCACGGGUACAUCCAUGAAACCCUCACUGUGUACAAAGCCUCCAACCUGAGCCUCAGUGGCCGGCCCUCCACAGAGCACAGCUGGUUCCCGGGGUACGCCUGGACCAUCGCGCAGUGCCGGAUCUGCGGGAGCCACAUGGGCUGGAAGUUCACGGCCACCAGGAAGGAGCUGUCCCCUCCCAAGUUCUGGGGGCUGACGCGCUCGGCGCUGCUGCCGCGCAUCCCCGAGGGCGACGGCGACGACGCGGGGCGCGGCCGCUCGCCGCUGCUGUGCCUGUGACACCCGGGGUGCCUCAGCAGCCCCAGGAAUCACAGUGCCACCCCCGGGAACCAGGCUCACCCGGCUCCUGCCUGCUCCUGGAGAGGGGGACACCAGGAAUGCAGCUCUGCGUGGGGCUCCGGGGGAUCUCUGAUCCACGUGGACGCGCUGGAGACCGGACUUGUGUAAUUCCCACUGGCAGCGAAGGAAGGGGAAUGGAAACCAAACUCCAGCUGAAAUCUCAACAAGCAGAGUCUGUUUGAUGCAGUAUUCCCGGGAUGGUAGAUAGCAGUUCCCUGCUGUGGAGUGUUUGCCAUAACACACGUGGUUUGCUGAGAAUCCCUAACUCUGUGCAGCCCUUCAGGUUUGCUGCUUGUGCUGUUCCAAUCACCAGGGAAGAGAGGAGCAGCCUGAGAGGUUCUGAGUGCUGGAACUGCAGCUGCCUCCCAGGAUGGAGCCCACGGGGAAGGAAGUGUCUGUUCCUUACCAGUUGUCUCAUCUGUUUAGUCCAUUUGACUUUAGAAGUCUUAAAUCUUAAACUGUUGAUGAGAAGUGCACAGGUCAGUCCCAGAAGGUAACACAGCAUUGUUGUGUUCUCUUCAGCGUGCUUCAAUGACUUCCUGAAAUUGUUCCUGGUUAAUUUAUCAGUGGAGGUGUCCAGGGGUUUGGGAGGGACUCUAAAACACCUCACUGAGGUGGUUUUUAAGUAGUCCUUGUUGUGACAAAGGGAAGGAAAAAUCUCUUUUAAUUAAUUAGUUUUACCUUUCAGACCAUAAAGCAAAAUUUCACAUUAUCACCUUACAAAGAGCAGAAAGUUUCCAAAUAAAACAGAAAUAAAGGCA